CCUUCCACCCAUGAAACAGAGAUUGUAAGAAAAAAGAAAAAAAAAAGAAGCAAGAAUAAAAAGCAAAGUAAAUACCAGUCAUAUGUUGUCAUCAUCUUCACUUCACUUGCUCCCCUCCUGCAUUCUCAGUCCCCUUUCUCUCUCUCCCACACACUUUUUUCUAACACAAGUUUCACUACAUUUUUACACCCAGUUGUGCAACAGAUCUAUUGAGCUGUGAUAUAACAUUCAAUGGUGUACUAUUACUAUACGAAAAAUGAAAAGGGUUCAUGAUUCACAAAAGCUUUCACUUUCUGGGCAAGUGCAUAAUAUCAUUAAGGAAUCAACUUCACAUUUUGGUUUGGUUGGACAAGACAUGAAUCAUGCAAAUUUUGAAACUUUCCAAAAUUCUAGUUUAGGUGUUUCGGUUAGGAAAGGGAAAGGAAAAGGGAAAAAAUCUUUGUCAGAAAAUGAAGAGGUUAUGGUAGAUGUAUCUAUGUUUAAUGAAACGGAUGAUUCUUAUGAUGAUAUUGGUUCCACUUCUUUUUCGGGAGUGAGUCAUCCUCCUGAACCUGUUGAUAUGGAUUUAAUGAGGCCGGUUUGUGUACCUAUUGGUCAUGAAAGUGCUAUAAAGGGUCCAUUUUUAGAAGAUCUUUCCAUUGGUGUUUCUGGAAUCAAGCAAAGUUCGUCAGCUGUUUCACCAGCUGAGAGCUUGACACCGUCUUCUCCAUUCGCAGUUCCACGACAAUCACAAAAUACUGAAAGCUCUCCCUUAUGCCAAGAUUCUGAUGAGAAGGAGUGUGUGUGGGAUGCUUCUUUGCCUCCAAGUGGUAAUGUAAGCCCACAUAGCAGCAUUGAUAGCACAGGUGUUGUAACGUCAAUGAGCACUAGUACAUACCGUAUGAGUGAUGGAAUGCUUAGUGUUGAACGUAGUUUUGGAGUUACUAGAAUGCCUCUUCGAGGGGAAUCUCUUGAAAGUGGAAAAACAAGUAUUAGUAGAGCUAGCGAUAGUAGUGGUCUUAGUGAUGAUAGUAACUGGAGUAACUUCACAGGGAGCACCAAUAAGCCACACAAAGGUAAUGAUCCUCGGUGGAAAGCUAUUCAUGCAAUUCGGUCACGAGAUGGGCUUUUGGGCAUGAAUCAUUUUAGGUUGCUUAGACUCCUUGGCUGUGGUGACAUUGGUAGCGUGUAUCAGUCAGAGCUGAGUGGCACUCGUUGCUAUUUUGCGAUGAAAGUGAUGGAUAAAACGUCACUUGCUAGUAGGAAAAAGUUGUCGAGAGCUCAAACAGAAAGAGAUAUAUUACAAUUGCUUGAUCACCCGUUCUUACCAACUUUAUACACUCAUUUUGAAACAGAUAGAUUCACGUGUUUGGUAAUGGAAUAUUGUCCUGGAGGUGAUCUGCAUACAUUAAGGCAACGCCAACCUGGAAAACAUUUCUCGGAAUAUGCAGCAAGGUUUUAUGCUGCGGAGGUUUUAUUAGCAAUUGAGUAUCUGCAUAUGCUUGGAGUUGUAUACAGAGAUCUAAAACCUGAAAAUGUUUUGGUACGUGAUGAUGGUCAUAUAAUGCUGUCAGAUUUUGAUCUCUCCUUAAGAUGUGCGGUGUCACCUACUCUUGUGAAGUCGUCUUCUUUAAAUUCAGAUCCUUCUAAACGAGGUCCUAGUAGUGCUUUCUGUGUGCAACCCGCUUGUAUCGAGCCUACAUCAAUCUGCAUUCAACCGGCUUGUUUCCUUCCACGUUUUUUCCCUCAAAAAAACAAGAAAAAGAGAACCCCCAAACCCCGAAGUGACCCGACCCCUCUUUUUGGCCAGCUGCCAGAACUUGUUGCUGAACCAACUGCAGCUCGAUCAAUGUCGUUUGUUGGGACUCAUGAAUACCUGGCACCUGAAAUCAUAAAAGGAGAAGGACAUGGAAGUGCCGUGGAUUGGUGGACAUUUGGGAUAUUUUUGCAUGAAUUGUUAUACGGUCGAACCCCUUUUAAAGGUGCAGGAAAUCGAGCCACUUUGUUCAAUGUAGUUGGCCAACAGCUAAGAUUUCCAGACGCACCAGCUACUAGCUAUGCAGGCCGGGAUCUGAUCAGGGGUUUGCUUGCAAAGGAUCCACAACACCGGCUUGGGGUGAAAAGGGGAGCUACUGAAAUCAAACAGCAUCCCUUUUUUGAAGGCGUUAAUUGGGCUCUGAUCCGCUGCAGUACUCCUCCAGAAGUGCCAAGACCUGUGGAAGCUGAAUCACCUGGGAAGUUUGCGGCUAUUGACCCAGUUGGGGUAGGAAAUAAUAGUAAAAGGAUGGCAGGAACUGGUGUUAAGCCCGGAGGUAAAUAUCUUGAUUUUGAGUUCUUUUAGCAAUUUGAUCCUUUCAUAUGUAGAAUUGUUAUGUUAUAGAAUUAUUGUGUUAUGUUGUAACCACUGGCUCUAUUCAUUAUAUCAAUGUGCGAUCCGAGUUCUAGAUUA